UGUUAUCUAAAAUAAAUUGAAAAAUUAAUUUUAAAUACAACCGCUGAACAGUGAGUGGAUUCAUCAAUCAUAUCACAUCGGGACUUGAAUGCUACAAAAAAUUUUAGGGAAGUAGAGUUUAAAACGAAGAAAAAAAUUGAACGAACAAAACAUUCAACAAACACACAUACGGAUAAGCAAGUAAGCAAAGCAAACAAACAAACAAACAACAAAGGACAAACAACAGAUCAAAAAGCAUGUCUCAUCGACCGACCAACAAUCAAAUCCUCCCUCAAAAGUCCGAGGACACAAAACGUGGAUGGAAGUCAGUGCGAGCCUCCUGGAUGGCCCGCAACACAUUCAACCCCAUCAGAAAUAUCGUCGAUAACAUGAAGUUAAUUCCUAAUCCGGACAAAAAAAUGAUUGCUCUCUCUAUAGGAGAUCCAACGACGUUUGGCAACCUGCCCGUCUGUGACGAAAUAUUGCAGGCCGUUGAGAAGUCACUGAAGUGCCAGUUGAGGAAUGGCUAUUCCCCUUCAAUGGGUUACGACGACGCGAGAGAUGCAGUAGCCAAGCAUUACUCCACACCAACUUCCAUUCUAACGGCUGAGGAUGUGUUUUUAACAUGCGGAUGUUCGGGUGCGUUGGAUCUUGCCAUCUCGGUGCUUGCUGGCUCCGGUGACAACAUCCUUGUUCCCAGGCCUGGUUUCUCCCUCUACCAGGUUCUUGCUCACUCCUACUCCAUCGAGUGCAAAUACUACGACCUCGUUGCGGAUCGUUUAUGGGAGGCAGAUUUGUUGCACAUGGAGUCCCUCAUUGAUUCGAAGACGACGUUGAUCGUCAUCAACAAUCCCUCCAAUCCCUGUGGAUCCGUCUGGACGAAGGAGCACAUCAUGGACAUCUUGAAGUUGGCCGAAAAGUACCAACUGCCCAUCGUGGCUGAUGAAGUCUACGCUGAUUUUGUGUUUGAAGGUGAGGAGUUCCAUUCAUUUGCUUCGCUGUCAUCCAUCGUGCCAAUCCUCACAUGCGGUGGUCUCACUAAGAAGUACCUUGUGCCAGGCUGGAGGAUGGGGUGGGUGCUCGUUCACGACCCCCUCAAGUUAUUCAAUCUCGAGGUUCGGAAAGGUUUGCAAGCGCUGACCCAGCGUAUCCUCGGUCCAACUUCGUUCAUCCAGGGGGCCUUGCAAUCCAUCCUCACGCACACACCCGAACAUUACUUCAAAAACUCCACCAAUUUAUGUCAGAACAACGCCAGAUGCUGCUAUGAGAUGCUAAGCAAGUGCAAAGGAUUGAAACCCAUCAUGCCGUCUGGAGCCAUGUAUAUGAUGGUCGGCAUCAGCAUGAAAAACUUUCCAAACUUCAAAAAUGAUUUGGACUUCACGCAGAAUCUUGUGACACAACAGUCUGUGUUCUGCCUACCCGCUGCUUGCUUCCAGUUCCCAGACUACUUCCGCAUAGUUCUAACAGUACCUGAGCAUAUCGUGAGAGAGGCGUGUGAACGAAUAACCGAGUUUUGCAAGCAACACUACGUGGAUAUCAACAACAACAACAACAACAACAACAACAACGCCACCACAACGACCAGCAACUGUAACGGCUGCAGCAAAUGCAACAAUAAUUUUGGUAACGACGAGAACGAAAGUGUCAAACUGAAGGAUAAGAAGAUGAAGUAUGAAGUAGGAAGCGUCAUCAUCAACAGCAGCAAGAGAAUCAACGACGUCAUGGAAGACGGACAGCAGAUGCUGAACGAUGUCGCGAAACAUUCGACAGAUGGCCUACAUGAAAAAAAUUAAAUUAGAAGAAAGCUGAGAUAAUUUUCCAUCAGCUGAUUGACUUCGUUGGACUUUUAUUGUCGAAUGUAAAAAAUGUUUGUGUGAGUUAGAACAGGACCAGCGUGAUUAACUGGUAAUAAUUUUUUAAACGUUUACAUCAAUCAGAUCACCAUUUAAACGCCAUUUUUACGUUUGAUUUAAAUUUGAUUUUUUUUUAUAUAACCUCUGUCAACGCUAAUUUUUCCACGUUAUUCCGUCAGCAUUUUCUUUCUUGAUAUUUAUAUUAAAUUCCAAUGCAUCUCACGAAGAAGAUUUGGUUACAUGAUGGUAUGCAUGAUGUAUAUGUCCGAGAUUAAAGAAAAAAACAAAUUAGCUAUCGUUUUUCAUUUUGUUCAUUAAUCCACAUUUAACAGGAGGUGCCAUUUGUAUAAACUUUGAAAUGACGCCCAGUGCAGAAAAUAAAUUGAAGACAGUUUUUUAUUCUGCAAAGCAAGUCAUAAAUGAAAUGGAAUGCAACAGACUCCCAUCACCAUCAGAUCAAUAAUUUACAUUCACACGCCAUUUUAAAACCACAAAGUGCGUGCGUGCGUGUGUGUGUAUUGUGCACGCGUCUGUGCGUGUGUGUCUGAGUGUAAUUGUUUAAUUAAUUGUACACAAGUAUUUAUUGUUCACUUGUCCACAAAGAAAUGAUUUUCAUAUAUUUUAAUUCGGGCAGUCAUGCACUCAUAGACGGUUCAUCAAUUCUCUGAAUAUCAAAACAAAAUCUGG